AUGGACGGUGGUGGUGCUCACUGCCACUCAAAGUCCUCCCUCCCUCCCUCCCUCCCUCCUGUAUCAAUUCAGAAAUUCACCGUCGUUCUCCCGGGCCAGUUGGCUUCGACUGCCGGAAUCUCAAAUCGCCGUCGCAAUAGCAACCCCACUCAUCAUUGUAUCUACACCAGAUCAACGGCCCUGAUCUCCCCAAUGUCCGGCGUCUACGAUGCCUAUCCCCAUCUCCUUCCCAUCGGUAAUGCCGAUGACCUCCCGGAUGAGUGCCUGGCCUACAUCUUCAAGUCCCUGGCUUCCCUAGACCGCGAAAACUGCUCUCUCGUCUGCUGCCGUUGGCUCCGUGUAGAGGGUCAGAGCCGACAUCGUCUCUCCCUCAAGGUCGAAUUCAAUCCCCUCACCAACGUCCCUUCUCUCUUCACUCGCUACGACGCUGUCACCACACUCGCCCUCAAAUGUGUUCGCAAAAGCAGAUCCAUCCACGUCAGCGACGGUGCUCUUGUCCUCAUCUCUCUCCACUGCCGUAACCUCACUAGCCUCAACCUCCAUUCUUGCCGUAAUUUGACCGAUGUAGGCAUGACCGCUGUCGCUGUCAAUUGCAAGGAAUUGAAGAAGCUCUAUUGUAAUUCCUGCAAAUUUGGUGCCAAAGGCGUGAACGCUGUCCUCGAUCACUCUUCCUCCCUCGCAGAGCUCUCCAUCGUGAGUCUUGGCGGACUCACUGACGGUUCCACUGCGACGCCUAUCGGUCUAGGCGUCGCUGCAAACUCCCUCAAGAAAAUCAGCAUAAAAAAACUCAAAAACGGCCAGUGCUUCGGACCCCUUAUUAUUGGUUCCAAGAAUCUAAGAAUCUUGAAGAUCUCCCGCUGCGAUGGGGAAUGGGAUCAGGUCCUGAAAGCCAUGGUAGAACAAGUCACUGGUCUAAUUGAGGUCCAUCUGAAGGCAUAUCGAUUUACCGAUGUUGGUCUCGCUGCUAUCUCUACUUGCUCGAAUUUGAAGAUCUUGGACCUUGUUAGUACUUACGAGUGCACGAAUGUAGGGCUUGUGUCCAUCGCUGAACACUGCAAGCUCCUAAGGAAACUCCAAAUACGUGGAGGGGACAUAGGUGACGAAGGUCUUACUGCCAUUGCCAAAGGGUGCCCUAACCUUGAGGAGUUGGUUCUCUGUUGUGUCAAUCUUAUUACUUGUUUGAGUUUGGGACUGCUCGGGUCCAAUUGCAAGAUUCUGGAGCGCUUAGCAUUGUGUUGGAAUUACGAGCUUCGCGAUGCUGAGAUUUCAUGCAUUGCUGCUCAAUGUAUUGCAUUACAGUAUCUCACUAUCAAGCACUGCCCUUCUGUCACCAAUCAUGGGAUGGAAGCGCUUUCUUGUAAGGGCUGCCCUAAUCUGGUCAAGGUGAAUGCUUGGAAUUGCAGCGUAGUAACUCGUGAGGGUGCUUUAUUCAUUGGCUUUCAACUUGACUACUAG